AUGAUCCAAGGCAUCUUUUACGCCAGGUUCUUCCCUCAAGAGGGGCCCAAGGUGGUCGCUCAGUCUCCCGCAGGCUGUAUCACCCCCGUCGACAACUCAACCAAACCUCCUCUGAUCGAUUUCGACGUGCUUCAUGAGUACAUCAUCCCUAGGCAGGCCUUUUGCAACCGCUACCUCACCAUCAACACACCUGACGGAAAGUACACCGUGUUAGGAUAUCCAGUUGUCAUCCCCAACACAAAGUAUCUCCGAAAUGAGUUCAUUUUCAAUUUUGGCCUCGUCCUCGACGCUGACGUUGAUCACGUCCCGUACGAGCGCGUCGUUCGGGGUCUCGCUUCUACCUUUUCCGAGAUGGAGAGGCAGAAUGAGUAUCUGAGCCAGAAUGCAGAGACUAAGGGCUCAGGGAGGAGGCCUAUUGACAGUCUACUGGAGAUCGUCAAGGAGGAUUUGGACAAUUAUGGAGAGUGCAUGAUUCCGGUUGACGACGCCAAUACAAUCAACAUGAAACUAUUCCCUCAUCACGUUGAUCCUCCCAGGGUUCGAGGCUGGCAUGUCCCAGUCCCCAAGGCCAAAUUUGCCGAUAUUAUGGAUCCGACCUGGGAUCUUACCCUCCAAAAAGUCAUAUCACACAUAGAUGGUGUCUCCGAUGUUCGACGUAUAGCCCACGCAGCAUCUGUCUCACUCGAGCUCGCCAAAACCGCCCUCCGCCAUCUUCUAUACUACGACACAAUUCUCCUCCUCGAUAUGUUCUUCUUCUCUGCCUGUUACGCCCCGCGUCCUGGCAUCCAUGACUUUAUUCGAAAUGUUGACGGUAUGGCUGAUGAAUGUGCUGCUUAUGUGUCCCACGGGCGGGGUCUCGUGAGUAACUACCACCUCAUCAAACUCAUGUCUACUUUUGCUCCUGGGAAAUCAGUUAUGGAAUGGCUUAAGGUGCAUCAAGACUCAGGCUUCGAGGUUCUCCGGUUUGUUGAUGUCCGCCGAUUUGUCCAGUUCGGUAUCAUCAAAGGCUGCAUUUAUCGCGUUCAUAAAUUUGUUGUCUCCAAGCAGUAUCUGGCUGCCUUAGCAUCUGGCCAGAGCCGUCCUGUCGAAGGAGGAGACCCGUUGCAGAAGUACACAGAUGGCCGUCACCACUUUGAUCAGAUCAUCACGGAGCAGAACAUGACGGACAGCGAUAUCAUGGAGAAGCUCAAGAAGUUGCCGGUUCCAAAGGGGGAUUUAGCAGUCUUUUACAGAUAG